CGAUCUGGAUGUCCCAUUAUUCCUACCAAAAACCGGCGUGAAAUCCCGUUAUCGAUAAAAACGAUUCGAGGGGAGGUGGCCCGUGCAUCGAAAUUUUCCACGUCCAACUUUCAAGCGAAAGUGCGAAUCUGCAGUUGUCGAUUCCCCCCCAAGUCUUUGAUAUAUCCACUUCGUUAAUCGGAACCGCAGCCGUAACGGAAGCCGUAACGAUGAAGACCACUUGGAAGGAUAUCGCUCCCGUCCCGAGCUCUUCGGAGUUCAUCGACAUUGUCUUAAGCCGCACCCAGCGACGCCUCCCCACCCUCAUCCGUCCGGGUUUCAAGAUCAGUAGAAUUCGAGCGUUCUAUACGAGAAAAGUCAAGUACACGGCGGAGACGUUCUCAGAGAAACUCGCUGCAGUCAUUGAAGGCUUCCCAAGACUGGCAGACAUUCAUCCGUUCCAUCGCGACUUGAUUAACACCCUCUAUGAUUCCGACCAUCUCAAAAUCUCCCUUGGCCAACUGUCCACUGCCAAGCACCUUAUCGAAACCGUGGCGCGAGACUACGUCCGCCUGCUGAAAUAUGCGCAAUCGCUCUACCAAUGCAAGCAGCUCAAGCGAGCCGCGCUGGGCCGCAUGGCCACUAUCUGCAAGCGCCUGAAAGAUGCGCUGGGCUAUUUGGAGCAGGUCCGACAGCAUCUGGGCCGUCUGCCGGCCAUCGACCCGAACACGAGAACGCUGCUGAUCUGCGGCUACCCGAACGUGGGCAAAUCGAGCUUCCUCCGGAACAUUUCGCGCGCGGAUGUCGAUGUCCAGCCGUACGCGUUCACAACGAAGAGUCUCUACGUGGGGCAUUUCGACUACAAGAUGCUUCGAUUCCAAGCGAUUGAUACCCCCGGAAUCUUGGAUCAUCCCGUGGAGGAGAUGAACGCGAUUGAAAUGCAGUCGAUCACCGCCAUUGCCCAUCUUCGAUCGGCCAUCCUCUACUUCAUGGACUUGUCCGAAGAGUGCGGUUUCUCCGUCUCCGCGCAAAUGCAACUCUUCCACAACGUCAAGACUCUCUUCUCCAACAAGCUGGUCUUCAUCGUCAUCAACAAGAUCGACAUCAAACGACCCGAGGAUUUGGACGACGAGACACAGGCCCAACUUCAGUCGAUGCUGAAGCCUGGCGAGGUGGAACUGCUGCAGCUAUCGUGCACAACAACCGAGGGCUUGAUGCAAGUUCGCAAUGCGGCCUGCGAUCGCCUGCUCGCGGAGCGGAACGCCGAGCGAUUAAAGUCCGGCCUCAACACCUCCGGCGAAGUCAGCGGCCGAUUGGGCGAGCUUCUCAAGCGCAUCCACGUUGCCCAGCCGCUGGGCGGCGUCACGCGCGAAGCCUUUAUCCCCGAAGGCGCGAAGAACCGGAUGAAGUACGAGCUGGACGACCCCAACCGGCCCAAACUCGAACGCGACCUCGAAGAGGAACAGGGUGGGCCCGGCGUCUACAACAUCAACCUCAAAAAGAACUGGCUCCUCGACAACCCCGACUGGAAAGACGACAAGAUGCCCGAGGUCUUCGAAGGCCGCAACGUCUACGACUUCGUCGACCCGGAAAUCGAAGCCAAGCUCGCCGCUCUCGAAGAGGAAGAGGACCGCCUCGAAUCCAGCGGCUACUACGACAACGAGCUCGAAGUCGACGAUGAUGACCUCGAGGUCGCCACCAUCCGCCACAAAGCCGACCUCAUCCGCGAGAAGCGCAUCCUCAUCCGCAACGAGUCCCGCCUCCGCAAAUCCCUCAAAAAUCGCCCCGUCAUCCCCCGCUCCGUCGCCCGCCCCAAGAAAAUCUCUGAUCUCGCCUCCACCCUGGAGUCCCUCGGCUUCGACCCCGCCGCCUCCACCGACCGCGCCCGCUCCCAGUCGCGCGGCCGCCCGGUCUCCCGCGCGCCCGACGUCGACGAGGACGCCAUGGACGUCGAUAAGCCGCCCAUGUCGGCGCUCGAGCGCGCGCGCAGCCGCGUACGCACCGCGAGCACGAAUCGCCGCGAGGACGGCGUCACGAACCAGACGGCGCGCACGAAGGCGGAGCGGAUGGCGAAGUUGGGGCAGAAGAACAUGAAUCGGAUGGCGAGGCAGGGCGAGGCGGAUCGGCACACGACGGCAAUGCUGUCGAAGCAUUUGCUCGCUGGAAAGCGCGGCAUUGGGAAGACCCGGUCGCGAUAA